AUGGCUCCUGCUGCUGUCAAAAGCCCAUCAGGAGUGCAAGUCCCUGGAGAACCAAGGAUUGAGAGGGGGCUCAGUUUCAUUCUUGUGAAUUUAUGUGUGACUAAGCGAGGACAGGCUGCUCUGGAGCUACUGAAGGUCUUUGAUGGUAUCCCACCUCCUUACGAUAAGAGUAUGGUGGUCCCUGCUGCCCUGAAGAUUGUGCACUUGAAGCCAACACGCAAGUUUGCGCUCCUUGGCCGCCUUGCCCAUGAGGUUGGCUGGAAGUACCAGGCAAUCACUGCCACCCUGGAGGAGAAGAGGAAGGCAAAGGCCAAGCUGCACUAUAACAAAAAGAAGCACGUCAUGAAACUGAAGAAGCAAGCAGAGAAGAAUGUUGAAAGUAAAAUUGCAAGGUACACAGAUGUCCUGAAGAAAUAUGGUAUCCUCGCAUAAACAUGCCCACAGAUCUUAAC